AUGGUACCAAGGAACACUCUAAGGAAGGAUGGCGCAAACCGAAGGAUGAAUGAUCAUGAUCAGAAAGCAGGGCUGGGUCUGAAUGUUGAGAUUCAUCCCGCGCUUUUAUCAGAUAAUGUCAACUUGAUACGACAUAAGGAUAAUCCCUACUUAUCAUCCGAAAGGUCUGGUACGAAUACUUCAAAAAUUGAAAAGCGUUAUAUCAGGGGACUGAAAUUUGCGGAACCUGGUGUCUUGUCCAAGAAAAUUGCUGAGCAACGGGCCCAACGGGCUCAAGAAGUAAAAUUGAGGCAGCAGCAUGAGGAGAUUAAAAAAGCGAAAAUCAUUGCUGGGGAACUGCCAGAUGAAUCAAUUGGGGAACAGAAUUAUCUUCUGUCCAGCGUUCCUGAGGUCGAGUGGUGGGAUACGGCGUAUCUCCAAAAUUUGGACACCUGGAAGGUGCGGGAGAAGUACCUACAGGAAUUGGAAUCAUCAGAAGAAUCGGAGGACGACAUUGAUGAAAAUGAAAGUGAAAGGCAGGAUCCUCCCAGUCUUCGCUACGUGCAACACCCAGUUCCGGUAAAAGAAGCCCCCGAUGGGCAAAUUAAACAGCCUAAGAUCUAUCUUGUGAAGAGGGAACAAGAGAAGAUUCGGCGCAACCGCAGGAAGCUUUUGAGAGAAGAACACGAAGAAAGGAUACGGAUUGGUCUGGAACCGAAACCUCAACCGAAGGUGAAGCUGAGCAACAUGAUGAGCGUGUACCAGAAUACUGAAAACAUCACAGAUCCCACAAGUUGGGAACAGACUGUAAAAAGUCAGGUUGAGGAGAGACACAGAAAGCACGUCGAGACUAACAUUCGUCGACAUUUGGAUGCGCAAGAGCGGAAACAAGCCCUCAAAGUGCACGGCUCUGAUAGUCUCAAAAGAGAUGUGGCUUCGGAGUGGCACUGCAAAGUAUUUCGAUUUUCCAGCCUGCGAAAUCCGAAAAUAAGGUACAGAUUGACAACGAAUAGUCGCCAAUUGAAGCUGUCUGGCGCUUGCUUACGUGUAGGUGAACAAGGACCGGGAAUUCUUGUUGUAAUUGGUUCCGAGAAAAACUGUCGUUUCUAUUCCAAACUGGUGUUGCAAAGAAUCAAGUGGUCCGAAUCUUUUGUCGACUCUCGAAGUGGCGUAGAAGUUGACUGUAACGGUGAUGCAGUAGGCUUGGCAUGGGAAGGAACACUAAGGCAAUCAAAAUUUAGAGGAUGGUUCAUGAAAGCUUGUGAGUCCACAGAAGAGAUGAGAAAAAUCCUCCUUGACAACGAGGCAGAAUGGCUUUUUCAGCUAUUUGAUUCUUAG